AUGAAUCGUCGCGUUGCGUGCGCGGCCGUCCUGCUGCUCGCGCUCGCUUGCUGCACGUCGGCGUCGGACGGCGACGGCUCGCCCGUCUUCUUCCGCUGCGUGCGCGCGUGCGUCGGCGGCGUCUGCAAUGGCACGGCGGCGCUGGAGCGCUUCCGCGAUCAACAGGGCUUCUUCGACCGCGCGACGGCGUGGGACUGCGACGACGAGUGCCGCUACGCGUGCAUGUGGACGACGGUGGCGGCGUUCCGCGACGGCGGCUACGGGGUGCCGCAGUUCUACGGCAAGUGGCCGUUCACGAAGUGGCUCGGCAUGCAGGAGCCGGCGUCGGCCAUCUUCUCGGCGCUCAACCUGCUCACGCACCUCGGCAUGUACGUCGAGUUCCGGCGGCGCGUGCGAGCCGCCGCGCCCAUGUUCAGCGUCUGGUCGGGCUACGCGGCGUUCGCCGUCAACGCGUGGGCGUGGUCGACGGUGUUCCACACGCGCGACUACCGCCUCACCGAGAUGCUCGACUACUUCUGCGCCGUCUUGGGCGUGCUGUACUCGUUCUUCGGGCUGUGCGUGCGCGUGCUCGGCACGGACCGGUGGUGGAAGCCCGCGGUGCCCGGCGUCGCGAUCCUCCUCUUCUUCGUCUACCACGUGCACUAUCUCGCGUUCAUCAAGUUCGACUACGGUUACAACAUGCGGGCAAACAUCGCCGUCGGCAUGGUGAACUCGGUCGGCUGGCUCGUGUGGUUUCUGUUCAAGCGGAAGACGCUGCCGCACGCGUACAAGGUGGCGCUGACCGUCGUGUUGGUGAACCUGCUGCUGAUCUUAGAGCUGGGUGAUUUCCCACCGUUGUUGUGGACGUUCGACGCCCACUCGCUGUGGCAUCUCGGCACGGCUCCACUGCCGUUCCUGCUUUACAGUUUCUUUAUCGACGACUGCAACUUUCUGCUCGAUGCGAAAGAGAAGUUGAAGUUCCCAUGA